ACUUGGAGGAGAGGAGACGCAUCUUCUGCGCAGUGGUGGAAGCAACAUCUCUCAGUGAGCUACGGACUCUUGUUUUUGUACUUCGGGGCUCUUUUCUCUCUUUUAUUAUUAUUAUUAUUUUUUUAUUUUUUGCAUUUGUGUUUGUGUUUGUGUUUUUGUGUGUGCUUGGCAUACGAUACGUGGACCGUGAUGUGGAUUUACACGCUGCUGCUGACUCUCUCCGUGCUGCCCUGCUCAGAGGGCAGAAGAAAUGCACUGCAGGACUAUCAGAAGACUGAUGGCGUGCGUCUGGUUGCCGCGCUCCCGAGCCCCUCCCACCUGGCCAAAAGCAGGAAGGUCAGCAUGACCAAGUGUGCUCGAACUUGCAGCCGCAACAAAAAACUCCCUUUCACUUGCAGAGCGUUCGUCUAUGAUCACCAAAACGGGAAAUGCCACUGGCUGUCUUUUGACCGCAACUCGCCCUCCGCGCAGACGCAGCAUGACUUGAACGUCCAACUCUAUCAAAAGAAAGACUAUGUUCGCGAGUGCAUCGUGGGUACCGGUCAGAGCUACAGGGGUCGAAGGUUGGUGACAGUCAGUGGGAUCCUGUGCCAGGCCUGGGCCUCCCCUAUUCCUCAUGAACACAAAUUCAUGUCCAAGCGUUUCGGUAAGAAGGACCUCAGGGAGAACUACUGUCGAAACCCGGAUAACUCCACCGUCGGACCGUGGUGCUUCACCACCGACCCGCGGCCACACCUCAGACACCAAGAGUGUGGAAUCCCCCAGUGUUCGCAGGCGGAGUGCAUACAUUGCAAUGGUGAGGAUUACAGAGGACCCAUGGACCACACAGAGAGCGGAAAGGAAUGCCAACGCUGGGACCUAGAGGAGCCACACAAGCACCUGUACCACCCUGACAGGUAUCCCGACAAGGGCCUCGACGAUAACUACUGCAGGAAUCCAGACGGACGCCACAGGCCCUGGUGCUUCACCACUGACCCGAACACAAAGUGGGAAUACUGCGGCAUCAAAGUUUGUGAAUCUCCUCCGAAAAGAACUGUGGUGGAAACCAGCGAGUGCUACCAGGACAGAGGAGAAGCUUACAGGGGGACGGUGGACGUGACCCCCACCGGGCUCACCUGCCAACGCUGGGACGCUCAGUACCCCCACAAUCACUCCUUCAUCCCGCAGGCGUACCCUUGCAAGGAUUUGAGAGAAAACUACUGCCGGAAUCCAGAUGGCCAAGAAUUCCCAUGGUGCUUCACAACGGAUCCGAGAGUCCGCACCAUGUUCUGCACCAACAUCCCUCAGUGCGGCUCCCAAAACAAGCCUGACUGCUAUGAAGGCUUCGGAGAGAAAUACCAAGGGGAGCAGUCCAGGACGAGAUCCAACCUGCCCUGCUCUCCCUGGGGGGAGCACAGCAACAGCGGUGAGAGGGGCGUGACGGUUGCAGGCCUGCAGAGGAACUACUGCAGAAACCCUGACAAAGACAAGCACGGACCGUGGUGUUACACUAAUAAUUCUGCAAUACGCUGGGACUACUGCAAUGUGAAACCAUGUGAUGCUUCCCAGAACACCAUUCCAGUAGGUGAGCUGUCCUCCGUGGGCUGUUUUGUCCAUAAGAGGACCCGAAUCGUCGGAGGAACUCCGCUGAACGUGUCAGCCGGCAGCUGGAUGGUCAGCAUACAAAAAGGGUCCUCUCACUGGUGUGGGGGUUCACUCAUACGAGAGGAGUGGGUGCUCACAGACAGGCAGUGCUUCUCCUCAUGCGUUCCCGACCUGAGCGAGUAUCGGGUGUGGCUGGGCGUGUCCAGUAUCGCACCGGGCGCGUCCGAUUGGGCCACGAGACAGGAAGUCCGCAUAGCGCGAGUGAUAUGCGGCCCCGAAGGUUCCAGUUUGGCCAUGCUAAUGCUCUCCAAACCCCCCCUGCCGGCAGACAACGUGCACACCAUUCAGCUGCCCCUAGACGGCUGCUCCAUCCCUGAAGGAACACUUUGUAAAAUGUAUGGAUGGGGAGAGACCAAAGGUACAGGCCCCGACGAGGUCCUAAAGGCAGUCAACCUUCCCAUCGUGAGCAACGAACGGUGCAGAGAGCUGCAUAGGGGGAGCCUUCACAUCACCAACAGCAAGAUCUGCGCAGGAGGCCGCAGGAAUGAGGGCGUGUGCGAGAGGGAUUACGGCGGCCCUCUGGUGUGUCAGGAGGGCGAGAUCAAGGUCGUCGUCGGCGUGAGCAUCCACGGGCGAGGCUGCGCCCGCGACAACCGGCCUGCCAUCUUCAUCAACGUGCCCUUCUACGCCCAAUGGAUCUACAAAGUUUUCAAGCAUUACUCCGAGCCGUAGCUCAGCGUCGAAUCAUAUGCGACCAUGGUGUUACGCCGACAUCGGAACCGGCAAAAUUACUCAGCAGGACUCCUCGGCUUUAUAGGUUGCACACAGAGGAGAGGAUUGCUUCUUAAUAGUGGAUGAGUAAGUCAAAUGAAAGAUUUAAACACACCAGGAACAGAUGUCACACUUGCUCUGACAGCAAACGAUGAUAAUUCACUUAAAAACAAAAAGCCCAUCUGCUAAUUAGGUGUUUAGUAGGAAAUAAAAGUGGCAAAUAGGAACAAGAUGGCACCCAAAUCACAACAUAAAAUUGUAAAUGAUAGUGGGUAAAAGUUUUAUUACUGACUAAAAUUUCACAAACUUUGCUGUUGAAGAAUAUUUCUACAUGUUUCUGUUAAAAACCGAAUGAAAAUAAGUAGGAAUUUUAUUGGUAUUGUAUUGGGGCGACACGGAGAAGAUAAAUACAAAGUAAUGCUCAAGGAAAAAUGGCUACUAUAUUACAUAAAUAAUGUAAUUUUGCGGUUAAAAAGUAAAAAGUUGUAAUUUAGACAAUGUGGGGUGAAAAAAAGUCACAUUUUUACAAGUAUAACAAUAGUAUCAAGUCGAAAUAUAACAUAAGUAUUUUAGUCAGGUCAGAAAAAGUUGGAAUUUUAAGACAAUAAAUUUGUAAAAGGUUCAUCACAAAGUGAAGCAUCAGUUUUUAGAAACAAAACAAUUUAUUCUCUUCAUUCUGCAUUCCUUGUAAAAGUUAAACAAGUGGAAUAAGAUUCCAUGUCCAAGAAAAUAACCAAUUGCUUGGAUUCUUUUUAGUUGGUCGCUUGUUUCUAGGCAGAGUUCAGAGGGAUCAACUGUAAUUGUCCAAAAGAGGUGAAGUGGGGGGAAAAAAAACCUGUUCGCCUGUUUCAUUGAUACAAUAUGUUUAUUCAAACUCAAAUAACUACUCAGUAUUAAAUAUAAAAUGCCUUUUUGAGGGAAAUAAUAGCCCCCCCACCCCUUUGCUGGAUAUGGUGGGACACUGCCCCUCCUGCUGAGUCCCCACUGGGUACUGUAGCGAACGCGCUAAAGGUGUGUUACGUGUGCGAAUACUUUGGAUUCCUGGCAUUACUUGAAACCUUUGAACAUGGCGGAGGCAGGGAACGGUUGUCCUUUUGUGUACAUAAUAUUUAAUGAGUGUGUUUGUGGCACUCUAUGUUGGGUCUUAUAGAUCUACAGCGAAAGAAAGAGAGAAAUUAAUGUCCAACAGAGUAUUCAGACAUUCAUUCACGUUGUAGCCUUCAAUUCAGUCUCCGUCCAAUGUAUGUGUGUGUGUGUGUGUGUGUGUGUGUGUGUGUGUGUGUGUGUGUAUAUAUAUAUAUAUAUAUAUAUAUAUAUAUAUAUAUAAACCUCACGUCCAUUCAAAGCCACUGACUAAUGUCUAUGUAUAAAUACUGUGUAUGUAAGUUUGUUCUUUGCCUUCUGAUCUGUGUAUGACAAUUUAACUUGUAUGGGAGCACCGAUACUGUUUUAUGACGUUUGUAAUUUAAGUUUUGCAGUUUGGGAUGGGCACUUCUGAAUUGACUGAAAAGUUGUAUAUUUGAGUUUACAAUGUAAGAAAAUGUACCUUAUAGCUUUAAAAAAAAAAAAUGGCAAUCUACAUAAUGUUACCAUUGCACCUCGUCAAUUUGACUACUAAUGCAUUUAAAUAGGAAUAAAGAGAGGAAUGUGUCUGAAAGCAUUCCAACAUUAUGGGCAACACUUUCAAAUAAAAAAGGUUAUGGAUAAGUCUUAAAAUAUUGAAAAUUGUAUUUUAAAAUCUCUGGACGGUCAUAUAGAAAUGAAAGUGUGAUCUUAAAAAGGUUAAAAAAGUAUUUAAACUGUUUUGUUUUUUUUUCAUUGAAAAAGUGCCAUUUUACUACAGGAAUAAUGGAAUAUUACGAUUAAAAAAAAUAAUGAAAUUGUAUUUUUUUUAGACUUUGUUUUAUACCUUACAGAAUAAAUUUUUAAUAGAGAAAAACAUUUAGUCUUGAAAAAAAAAGACUCGAGAGGUGUUAAAUGUGAUUAAAAUGCCCUUUAAAACGCUUACAUUUGGCCUGCCUAAAAAAUCUGAUUUACUUUUCAAAUAUUUUACUUAAGGAUGAGAGAAAAUCUCUGAAUGUUCUGAACUUCUAUUUCAAUGCCAGCUGACGCCGCUUUGUUCAAAAAUCCGUUGCUAUCCCUACUUGCAAAACGAAAACCACUGAAGGAGAUGACUGUGUUUAUUUGUCCUCCACAUCCUGUACUGUAGGUUUUUUUUUUGUUUUUUUUUGUCCGUAUAACCGCAUCCACUAUGAAACCCUACUCUUCCCUUCCCAAUAUGCUAAAUGUAUAAACCCCCUUUUUUAUGUUAUGUGAAUUAUUCUAUCACGUGUCACACCGAUUAAAUGUUACUCAUCUAA